GGCAGGGGAGUGACUCGGUGCGCUCCUAUUGGCCGGCGCUGGCCAAUAGCGUUUCCCCGCGGGCGGUGGCAUCUCCCGCGCGGGCUGGGCCGGGUCAGGGUCAGGGUCAGGAUGGUGCGGACGAAGGUGGGCUGUGGUGGAGCCUUCCGCAAAGUGCUGGCCGCUCGGGCUCCCCGGAAGGCGCUGGGCUCCAGGAGCAUCAAUGCGGGACAGUCACUGGCUGCUAAGAGAGGCGAGGGCCGCCGCGUCGGGGGCAACCAGGUGUGCGUGAGGCCCGUCCCCGCCUGGCAGAGGGGCAUCGGCGAGUUCCUGCGACUGCCGCAGAAGGAGAACCGGGCGCCCGGCGGAGAGGCGGCAGGGAGCAGCGGUAUGGGCUCGGCCCCCAAAAAAGCUUGCCCCCUGCCAUCAGAUACUGCAGAAGAUGGUGAGUCCUCUGAAGAAGAGCAGACGUGAUCUGACCCCAACUUUAAAAAUAACACUUCUCCUAUACUCAAGCUGGUUUUGGUAUACUUGUAUAGUUUGGUUUUUUUUUUACAGUUUGUUAUGGCUAACGUUCAGCUGUUGUACAGAACUAAAAGCGUGAGAGACUGCAAGGGCAUUGUGGUAAAAUUAUGGUGAAAUUAAUAUAUACUUUUUAAAGCUUGACAUUCAGUAGAAGUUACUGUUUUAAUUUUUAUCUUGGUUUCCUUGAGUUCCUCAGUGACUCCUGCAUAUUGUGUGGCUUUUAUCUUUUGAUUGCUUUGUGCUUUCCUACGACUUGUGUGAUCGUGCUCAGUAGUUUUUUUUAAUAACACUGAAGCAUUCUGAAAAUACAUCUGUCUCGUGUCUUCA